GGCUCUGAUGCAUUGAUGUCCAGCUUGAGUGCCUCUUCAAUUCUGAAGGUCAUUUGCCAUUCGAACGUUCUGAUUUACGUCUCUGUCUCGCACUAUCAAUUCUGAUCCCGGAAUCCCACUUACAAGGGUGUAACAUGAUAUAGCUUUCAAUAUAAACUUGGCAAUGCAAGGCUACUAGGAACCUUAAAUUCCAGCCAUCCCUCCCGACCUCACUUGCUGCAGGACCUCGAUGAAGUCUGGAAUGUAUGAUAUCCUACUAUAUUACAAGACGAUGGACAACCUCAAGUCGUUUUUGAUACUUGCAGUCUCGAGCUCGUUGUUUGGCCUCUUCCUUGUAACCCGUUAUCGUCGUACUCGUUCGUUACCUCCCGGACCGAAGGGCCUCCCUAUCUUGGGCAAUAUCAAUGGAUUCCAAGCGGAACCUGGCGAGCCGCUCUGGAUCACAUUUCUGAACCUUUCGCGCAUAUACGGCGAUAUAUUCACCUUCCAUGUCCUCGGGUCCCGCACAAUCGUUCUGAACUCGUACGAAGCGAUCACCGAGCUUUUUGAGCGCAGAUCUCAGAAUUACUCUGACAGACCGGACAUGCCAAUGUUCACAGAUCUCAUGGGAUGGGGCUGGGACUUUGCUUUCAUGAGGCAUACCGAUUGGUGGAGAUUACAUCGGAGGACAUUCCACCAGUUUUUCCAACCUCGUGUUAUGCCAGAAUACUACGACAUCCAAAGGGCUAGAUCAGCAUCGUUAAUCCAGUCACUAUUGACUUCGCCAGCAAAUUUCUUCCAGCAUGUCAGAACGCAUUCUGGAGGAGUAAUACUUGAAAUCGUCUACGGUUAUCAAAUUCAAGGCGAUAACGACCCUUACGUCCAGUUGGCCGACGACGCAGUGGCAGGAAUGAGGGAAUCAUUUAUUCACGGCUCGUUUUUGGUCGAUUAUAUCCCUAUUCUGAAACAUGUACCCACGUGGUUCCCCGGUGCGAGUUUCAAAACGAAAGCCGAAGUGUGGUCUCGGGAUACAGACAAGCUUAAAGAGCUUCCAUGGACCCGUCUGAAACAAUCUAUGGCAGAAGGAACUGCUGUCCCAUGCUUCUCUACGAAACACUUGGAAAAUUUCAAAAUCUCACCCACUUCAAGUGAAAGUUCGGACAUGGAAGAAGUAAUAAAGAACUGUGCCGCAGUCAGUUUCGCUGCGGGCGCGGACACCACUGUAUCGGCGAUGCUCUCGUUCAUUUUAGCGAUGGUGUUGAACCCUCGAGUCCAGAAACGAGCCCAAGAAGAACUUGACGAAGUUAUUGGCUCUUCUAGGCUUCCUGAUUUUUCGGACAGAGAGAAUCUGCCUUAUAUCAAUGCUAUCCUCUCAGAGACUCUUCGAUGGAAACCUGUUACACCAUUUUCUGCGCCUCACCGAGCUGUGAAUGAUGACAUAUACGAAGGAUAUUUCAUACCAGGAGGCUCAACAAUUAUCCCCAAUACCUGGGCUGUUCUGCACAAUGAACAUCUUUACGGACCCGACACAUUGAGCUUCAAUCCCGAUCGGUUCAUGAAACAGGACGGGAAAGACCUCCCGCCGAGUCCCGACAUAAUUGCAUUUGGAUUCGGCAGAAGAAUAUGUCCCGGACGACAUCUCACCAUCAACUCGAUCUGGCUCGCGAUGACAUAUCUCCUCCAGAGUUUUACAAUGGUCAAGGAAGUUGAUAAUGAAGGGAAAGAAAUCGAUCCCGUUAUUGAAUAUUCGGAUGGGCUGCUCAGCCAUCCUCAUCCUUUCAACUGCCGGUUUAUAUCAAGGUCGUCGGCGUUGAUUAAAUGAUGCGUAGAACACCGGCUUCUAGGGAUGUCUUAUUGUCUCCUAAGCUGCAGUAUACAGGCUCAGCUCUAAGGUAGAAAUUUGUGUAAUUGCUAUCAAGAUUUCCCAAACAUAUCGAUGGAAA